AUGAUCGAAGCGAAAAACCUGGUGCGCCGCUAUGGAGAGUUCAAAGCGGUCGACGAUGUAUCGUUCCGCAUAGAACCUGGCGAGGUAGUUGGUUUGCUGGGUCAUAACGGGGCGGGUAAAACCACCAUUAUGAAAAUGCUGACCGGGUUUCUUGAACCCUCAGCAGGACAGACUCUGGUGGAUGGCGUUGAUGUCUUUGCAGCACCUGAUCUGGUGCAGGCAAAGAUGGGUUACCUCCCUGAAAGUUCGCCUCUUUAUCCAGAGCUCACUGUGCUUGAGUACCUAUCUUACGCUGCAGAAUUGCGUGGCUUGCAGCCUGCACAUUGUGUGCCGCGGGCCGUUGAGGCCACUCAGCUCGAAAGUCGCGCAAUGGAUCGUAUUGACACACUCAGCCGCGGGUACAAGCAGCGUGUGGGUGUUGCGCAGGCCAUACUGCAUUCACCUAAAUUUGUCAUUCUUGACGAGCCCUCCAACGGACUGGAUCCAACGCAGACGCAACACAUGCGUGAACUCAUCCGUCGCUUGGCCGAGAACGCUACCGUCAUUCUGUCGACCCACAUCAUGCAGGAGGUGAAAGCGGUGUGUGAUCGGGUGCUGAUUCUGCGCGCCGGACAGCUUGCCUUGGAUGAACGGCUGGAUGACCUGCAGCAGGCAUCAGCGGUGCAUCUGAAGACCGAUGUUCAGGCCGAUAUAAAGGCCGCGGUGGGUGGUUUGGCUGUGGCGGCCGAGAUAUUGCCUGAAGCUGCUGGCCACUGGCGGAUCGAGCUGAAAGGUGAUCUUGAUGCGGGUAUCGGUGCCCUUGCCAGCACCCUGGUGCAGGCCGGUGUGCCUAUCUACAGCCUGAUACCCGCAGCCCAGGAUCUGGAGAGUAUUUUCAAGCAGGUCAACGAAGCUAUGCUGGAUGAGAUUCAGCGCAAAGAGCUGAUACUGUUUUUUGUCUCGCCUAUCGGCUAUCUGUUCCUGGCUGCCUUUCUGGCGGUUACCUUGUUUGUGGUGUUCUGGGGGGAAUCCUUUUUUGCGCGCAACAUUGCUGACGUGCGGCCGAUGUUUGAAUGGAUGCCGAUCCUGCUGAUAUUUCUGAGUGCUGCACUGACCAUGCGUAUGUGGAGCGAAGAGCGUCGGUCCGGCACGCUGGAAUUUGUCGCCACUAUGCCCGCGUCUACCUGGUCAUUUGUGCUGGGCAAGUUUCUCGCCUGCUGGAGCCUGCUGGCGAUUGCCCUGUUGUUGACCCUGCCGCUGCCGUUAACGGUCAGUGUGAUAGGCGACCUGGAUUGGGGGCCGGUGUUUGCGGGUUAUCUGGCUGCUAUGUUGUUAGGCGGCGCCUACAUCGCGAUUGGCUUGUAUAUCAGUUCGCGUACUGACAGCCAGAUUGUUGCUUUGAUGCUCGCGAGCUUAGUCAGUGGUCUGUUCUAUCUGGUAGGCAGCCCGGUUAUCACCGAACUGUUUGGCAGCGGUGUCCAGUCCUGGCUCGCCGCCAUUGGUAGUGGUGCCCGUUUUGAAUCGAUCACACGUGGUGUGCUUGAUAUUCGCGACCUGUAUUACUACGCCUGUAUCGCGCUGGUGUUCCUGAGCCUCAAUGUAUUUGCACUCGAGCGAGAGCGGUGGUCCGCUCAGGGUGAUCUCACUCGGCAUCGCAGCUGGCGUAUCGGCACGGCACUGGUGGUUGCAAAUCUUCUGCUUGCAAACGUGUGGCUGCAGAACGUGUCGGCACUGCGUGUAGAUGUGACCGAGGGCAAAAUCUACUCUAUCUCGGAUGCAACCAGAAGUUAUCUUGCGCAGUUGCAGGAGCCGUUGCUGAUACGAGGAUAUUUCAGUGCUAAAACACAUCCGGACCUUGCGCCUCUGGUGCCGCGGCUGCAAGACCUGUUACGAGAGUAUGCUGUGGCUGGCGAUAACCGGGUGCGGGUUGAGUUUGUUGACCCCGCGAUGGAUCCGGAAAUGGAAAACGAAGCCAACAGUAAAUACGGCAUUCGUGCGGUCCCGUUUCAGGUUGCAGAUCGCUAUCAGGCGAGCCUGGUAAAUUCCUAUUUUGAUGUGCUGAUUGCCUAUGGAGAUGAAUUUGAGGUCCUCAAUUUUCAGGAUCUGAUUGAAGUGAAAGUGGCCGGCGAAGGCGAUUUUGAGGUGCAGCUGACCAAUCCUGAGUUUGAUGUUACGCGCGGUAUCAAGAAAGUGUUGUACGGUUUUCAGGGUGGCGCGAGUGUGUUCGACAACAUGGCCGCGCCGGUUAACUUUGUCGGCUACAUAUCGGCAGAGAGCCAGUUACCGCCUGAAUUGCAGAGUCUCAAGAGCAGCCUGGAAAAUGUGCUGGAGACUCUGGCUGCGGAAGCCCAGGGCAAACUGAAAGUUGAAGUGAUUGAUCCUCAGGCCAAUGGAGGGGAAGUGGCUCAACAGAUUGCAGAACAAUAUGGUUUUUCGCCUAUGGCAGCGAGCUUGUUUGACGAAGGCAGAUUCUAUUUCUAUCUGACGCUUAACGACGGUGACACUGUGGUACAGAUGCCUAUACCCGAUGGCGACAGUGAAGAAGCCAUACGACGCAGCCUGCAGGAAGGACUUAAGCGCUUUGCAACAGGGCUGUUGAAGACUGUGGUGCUGGUUGCGCCGGAACCUGUGCCGCCUUACAUGCAGCAGCAGGGCAUGCCGCCGGGCAACGAGUUCAAUUCUCUGCGGGAUUUCCUCUCCGCAGAUUUCAACGUGCUGACAAACGACUUGAGUGAUGGGGUGGUGCCUGCACAGGCAGAUAUGGUCAUUGUCGUAGACCCGAGCAGCUUCACCGAUAAGCAGGUAUUUGCACUGGAUCAGUUUCUGAUGAAAGGCGGUACGGUAUUGGUCGCAACGGCCGCCUAUGCCGCGCAACCCAGUCAGAGUGGUCUGUUUGCGUCCGAACGUGAUAGUGGACUGCAGAACUGGUUGGCACACCAUGGUGUUACCGUGGGUCAGAAUCUCGUCAUGGAUAGGCAGAAUUCCGCAUUUCCGGUGCCGGUUACCAGGCAGGCGGGCGGUUUCAGCUUCCAGGAUCUGGUGAUGCUCGACUAUCCCUAUUUUAUUGACGUGCGAGACGAGGGUCUGGAUGACACAGUGCCGAUUAAUGCGGGUCUGCCUCAAGUCACGCUCUCAUGGGCAUCACCUCUGAGCCUUAACCCGGCAGAAAAUAUUGUGGCGACCACCUUGUUAAGGUCCAGCAGUGCCAGCUGGUUGUCUAAUGACACAAACGUCAUGCCGCAGAUCGAUGAGCAGGGUAAUUCCACAUUCACACCGGCUGCGGAGCAGACGGCUUAUACCCUUGCAGCAGCUCUGCAGGGGCGCUUUGAAAGUUUUUAUUCAGGGCAGACUUCACCGCUACUUGUAUCAGCAGCGGAAGAUCAGGGUAGCGAUGCGGAAACGUCUGCUGAUGGCGCUUCUGAGGGUGCAGAAGACGAAAGCAAUCUGGGCAUCGUCAGCAGUGUCAUAGAGCGUUCGCCUGAGUCAGCGCGACUGCUGGUGUUCGCUUCAAACGAUUUUGUUGCCGAUCAGACCCUGCGUAUGGUCGGUGCUGCUGAUGGCACGAUCUACGGCAACUCAAUACAAAUGGUUGCGAACGCGGUGGAUUGGUCCCUCGAAGAUCAGAACCUCAUCGGUAUUCGUGCCAGAGGAAACUUCAACCGCACACUGCCGGGUAUGGAUGUGGCGACGCAAAGUCUGGUCGAGAUCGCAAACUAUGUGAUGGCCCUGGUUGGGGUUCUGUUUGUCUGGUUUGCAUUCCGCCUUCGUUCUCAGGAUGCGCUGUUGUCCUUUGGGGUUAACCAGGUUACGGGCAUCAACCUCAGUGAUGGUGACACAGAGGUGUCCCUGACGCGUGUUGACGAUGGCUGGCAGGUGGGUGGUUAUCCGGCGGAUACGGCCAAGGUGGCUGCCAUGCUGGAAAAACUCGCCGGGCUUAAAGGGCAAUGGCCUGUGGCAACUACACCCGCCAGCGCGGUUCGCUUCGAAGUAGCGCAGGACAAUUUUCAACGCCGCGUGGUGUUAAAAGGCGCAGACAAAGUGCCGACAUUGUUGCUUGGUACCUCGCCGGGGUUUCAGAAGGUGCAUGGGCGGCGGGCAGACAGCGAUGCGAUUUACAGCAUCGGCUUAUCGAAUUUUGAAUUGCCGGUCAAUGUUGACGGCUGGUUGGAUAAAAAAAUGUUUGCCCUGGCGGCGGCUCCAACGUCGAUUACAUUGAACCCUGCUGAUCCGAGCCAGCCGCCAGAAAGUCUCUUGUACGGUGAGGAGGGGUGGCUCUACAACGGCGUCGCCGCGGAUCAGAACACAGCAACAACCUACGCAAAUCGAUUUACUACGCUGCAAAUUGUGGGUGUUGUAGAAGAGGCACCGGAAGGCCUGGUAGAGCAGGCGAGCAUUGAUUUGCGGAAUGAUAUGGAACAAAAGCAGGUUACAAUCUCACGCCUGGGCGAGAGUGAUGACUACUAUAUUGCAGUGCAGGGUGAGCCAGCUUAUUUCAGUCUGGCUACUUAUAUUGCCGAACAGCUGUUGAUGGCUGAUGUAGAUUUUUCUGCCGCUGAUAUUAACGAAGAGGCUGAAAGUCUGCAGGGGGGAGAAUGGGGAGGUUCAGUUCACUGGCCAACGGGCAGUCAGUUUUCCGCAGCGGCUCGAACCGCGGCAACGGACCCCACGGUUUGGGUGCCGGUGCUUACCGCAGGUGUCAUGCUUGCUGCGGAUGUGGAUGAUAAGUGGUCAGAAGAUCUUGCUGAAGAUCAGCCGCUGUUUGGCGACGAUGCGGAAAAAAUCAGCAGCACGCUGCGUGAUGUAGCCAGUGGUGCCUACGUGCUCACCGCAUUGAUUGCACCCAGUCCUACGCUGCAGGAUAAGUUUAACGGCGUCAGUGUCGGUCUUGCGACAGCGGCGCUCGAUGGCGCUGUUUCAUAUGGCCUGAAAGAAGUUGUCGGGCGCGAGCGGCCGGAUGGAUCCAACGACCGUUCUAUGCCUUCAGGACAUGCUUCCAAGGCGGCCUCCCGUACAAAUAUGGCGCGUCGUAACCUUGCCUACAUUGAUAUGCCCAACUGGCUCGCAAACAUCAUCUGGCAGAUGUAUUGGUCGGCUACGCAUUAG